UUCCAAUCUUCUCUUUCCCUAGCUCGCUGGCGUUGCUUUUGGCCGAAAUUCUCCCAGGUAGCUUCUUGCUAAGUGGCACUUGAUAUCAAUUCACGUCAUGGGUUUGAAGCAGAAGUGCGAUCUCACCAUUAAGGAUGCGCAGUACCCUUACUGUGCCAAUGGCUCUGCCGCCAUUAUAUUCUCUGUGCUUUUCGGCAUCACUUUCAUCGCCCACCUUACGCAGGCGAUUCUCUACCGCAAACGUUUCUGCUGGGUGAUUGUGGUGGGUUCAGCAUGGGAGUGUCUGGGGUUGAUCAUGCGCACCUACUCGACACUGGACCAAACCAAGUCCACCACAGCCGCAGCGGGCCAGUUGCUGGUCUUGCUCGCGCCGCUAUGGAUCAACGCGUUCGUGUACAUGAUCUUCGGGCGCAUGGUCUACUAUUUUACCCCAGAUAAGAGAGUCAAGCGCAUCAAGGCCGAGAGUCUGGCCAAGAUCUUUAUCUGGCUGGAUAUAAUUGCCUUUAUCAUCCAAGCCACCGGCGGAAUCAUGGCCUCCGACUUCAGCAACAGGAUGAACGCAAUCGGUUUCCACAUCUACACAGCCGGUAUUGCCGUGCAGGAAUUUUUUAUCCUUUGCUUCUGCGGUCUAUUGGUUAUGUUCCACCGGCGCAUGAUCCUGGGGUAUGGUAGUAUCGAGCGAGGGCCCCAGUGGAAAGUGAUGGUGAUUUGCAUGUAUAUCACACUGCUUUGCCUCACGACCCGUAUCAUCUACCGCCUGGUCGAGUUUGCCGACACCGACAAGGCCGGCAAGCUGCCGCUGAGCACCAAAGAGGCCCCCUUUUACUGCCUUGAAUGUGUCCCUAUCUUCUGUGCCAUGCUCCUCUGGAAUAUCUUCCACCCGGGCCGGAUGAUGCCCGGUGCGGACAGUGAGUUCCCCAAGAUGUCGCGGAAGGAGCGUAAGCAGAUGAAGCGCGAGGCAAAAGAGGCGAAAAAGCUGGGCCCAGGCAGCACCAAAUAUACUCCAUUCUCGUCGGACUACCACCUAACGCGGAACAGCGAUGAGGGACAUGGGGAGAUGCCGACGGCCUGCAGCGAUGGGCGCUAUUACAACGAGGCGCGCUGGCCGCUGAAUGAGAUGGAAACGGGACGUGGAGGUUAUGUGCGUUGAAGAUAUUGAAGAUAUGACAAUCAUGCUGCACAGAAAAUUGGCUAGACAUUGCUAUUACCCAAUUUUCUAAUGUCUCUAGGCUUUUCUCUCUUUGUUUUUUUCUGUUUUACCCUUUUAGUGCUUCAAGUGACGAAUAUCC